AUGGAGCAUCUGCGCCUAGAUCCCCUCACAGCCUCGAUGUAUGAGCAGGCUAUUUAUGACGGUAGCUAUAUAAUCGGCAGACUAGGCUACGGUGAGCUGCGUGAGACAUCCCAGUAUGAGCUUGACUACUGGGUUGCCAAGGGGCGUGUCCAAGACUCUGGCCACGUCAAGAUCGGUACCACCGAGAGGAAUAAGAAUGGUUCUUUUUUGUUUACGAGUACUCACAGAAAUGGUAGCAGUGCCAAGUCUCUCCUCGCGGUCAGGAUCUUAACGUUGACGGAGACUGGGUCAACCGAUACCACCUCUCUCGCCGCAAGGUGUUUCAUCACUUACCAGGAGCCAUCAAGAGAUGCUCGGGCUUGUUUCUUAGAAUACUGCGAACAUAGUCCACCAGGUUCGGGUCUUUUCAUAAGUCCUCAUGUCAAAAACGACCUGACAACAGCAAUAUAUGGAGUCACAUACAUGAAGGGAAGCAGAGAGCUCCACAAUGAUGUUGUCCCUCUCCACAAGGCAGCAGAUAUAUUUGACGAUGAAGAUGCCACAAUCUCGCCAGCUGCGGGCGUCGAAAAUAAGACUAAUCUCAACAAAGACGUUGUCAUUUCUGCUAUAUGA